UUUCUGCAACUUCCGUUUCCUACUCCUCCUUGUUCGUCGUUUGUGAUGAUUCUGAUUUCUCUGUCAAACCAACUUAUGGAAUCCGUCAACCCCAUCUCUCACGCAUGGCAGAGUUCCCAGCCAUAAUUGAUAAAUUAAUUUAAUCAAACGAAAAAUCCCCAAAAAAACAAAAAACUGACCUUAAUCAGAAAUUUGAAACCACCCCUGCGGUUUCCUGACCGUUUUUCUCGGCAACCCAUAAUUUCUGUUUCCCCGGUUUCCGACAGCAGACUUUGCCGGUGGUCGUGGGGAUAUUUCCGUCUAGGGGCUGCCCACCUGUGCGACAGCCGGGAUUUAUGGAUGGAGAGGCGGUGGGCGUGACGGUGUCGGCGCCGGGCCGGUGGGGCACGUGGGAGGAGCUUCUCCUCGGCGGUGCCGUUCUUCGGCAUGGUACGCGGGAUUGGGAGAUGGUGGCGUCUGAGCUCCGGUCUCGGAUUCUCUGCCCUUUCGAUUUCACCCCCGAGCAGGUCUGCAAAGCGAAGUAUGAAGAUUUGCGACAUCGUUUCUCGGGAUGCUCAGCUUGGUUUGAAGAGUUACGAAAGCAACGAAUGGAAGAGUUGAGGCAAGCCCUGGAGCGAUCAGAAAGCUCAAUAGGAUCUCUGCAGUCGAAACUCAAAACUCUCAUGGCCAAGAAAGAAGAGUCCGACCAGGUAGAAUAUGACUCGAGCAGGACAGUAUCACUGGAACCAGUUCAAAAACCAAACCAAGUCGAAUCUUUUCGGAGAGAUUCACUGAAGGAUGGCUUACUGUCUUCAAGCAGCUUCACCCAAGAGACUUCGAUGAAUUGGUCUGCUGAGGAGGUAUUGGAAACAAAACCAAAUAUUUCUGAGUCAUUUGACCAACGGAGGGACCCGAGGAUUGGUAUGCUCGGGGACUUGUAUCUGGGACAAGUAUCAGGGUGCAUUAGGAAGAAGAGGGGGAAGAGAAAGAGGAAAGAUUGUGGCCGAGAAGCUAAGGAAGGUAGUGUUGGGGAGAGCGAAUUCGUCGGUCCAAUCGAUGUUGUGGCUGAGUCUCGCGAGAGCAAGGAGACCUCAACAAGCGAUAAUGGAUCCGCUAAAUGUGAUAAAGUUGAUCUUGGCAGAGGUUUGAGGAAGGAGGGACUUGAUGAUCUGAUGAGGAUCUUCAGCUCUGUCGUAGAGCACAAGAGCGCCCGUGUCUUUCUCCAGUGGCUUGAUGGCCAGAGGGGAAGGUACAAGAAACUGAUCCGAAGGCACAUAGAUCUCGAGAGGAUAAAAACAAAGUUAACGAACCACUCAACCACAUCCUCAAUGGAGCUCUUUCGGGACCUUCUGCUCCUUGCUAACAAUGCCUUGGUCUUCUACGCCAAGAACACCAGGGAAAACAAGUCCGCUCUUCUCCUGCGGCACACAAUCAACAGAACAAUAUCGCGGGAAUGUAAUAAAGAUUCCACCACCACCGAAAAAGAUUCCACUACUACCGAGAUCAUAUCGGAGAAAACCACUCCGAAAGUGAAAUCUCAUAGCAGUCUCCUCAAUAACCAGAAAUCACCCCCAAGGAGAGGGACAGGCAGGAGGACCAGAAAGGCUGGCAAUUCCCGUCCUGCCCCUUCUGCAGGGUCCACAGCGGGAGGGAAGAGGCGAACAGGAGGCACGCGAAGGGGCAGGAGUGGGAAUCCAGGCCAGAGAUCUGUAAAUACAGGAAGAGGAAGAAAGCGAGCUCGGAGUGACUGAACAUACAAGGUCGUCUGGUUUUGAUGUACAAAUGCUGCUGCUCAAGUAGAGAGCCAAGAGGGCUCUGCUGUUGUACAUGUAAUGCUUCUUUUCUUCUCUUUGUGUUUUAUUAAUUAUAAGGGAAAAAGGGCCAUUGCAAAGGUCUUAGCUGACAAAUUAGGAUAGCUUUGAACAAUUUAUGACAUCAACCAACUGAAAGAGGAAGAUGGAAGGAAAAAUCCUUGAAGCCUCAGAAAGUGAGAUUUGAAUUUGAGCUCCUAAAGUUCGGGCUCGGCGCCUUA